ACACAAACAACAAGAAGAGCAACGAUCCAGCAGACACACUGAUACGCAGCAGCGACCGUCGGAGGAGAGGGAAAAAACAAGACAUUACAUUAAUAUCACGUCAUUGUCAAUAUAGGAUUAUGUCGAAUACAAACAUUUACAGUGUUUAGAGACCAAUGCAUGCGAUAAUCUGACCGUAGACAGACCGUGCAGACCACGUUAGUAACAACAAACAGUAAAGUGGCGCAAAAGGAAGAGGUCAGAUCUUAAGGAGUCACCUGGAGGCUCUCCCUCAGUUCACUGGGAGCAGGCAGAGCAGGCGCUGAAGAGGAGAGCUCACGUCUGCUCGUGGCUCCAGCAGACGGUCCUUCACCUAUUGGCUGUUCCUUACCCUUGUGGUCGAUUGAGUUCAUCUCUUUACCUUUAAUGUGAGGCAUAACUGCUGUACAAAAACCUUCAUAUUCAAAAGAAGAGUGUUUAUUUUUUUCUGUAGUAAGUUUUUUUAUGUUUUGGCUGUGAGUAGCAGGAGCUUCCAUUCUUAACGGUAGUCAAACCCCUUUGCAUUCUAAAGUCUUGGUCUGAUUACCUGGUAGUCCUCAAACACCUGAAACUGGCAGCUAUUUUUCUGAAUCGUGAGUGUUUGGGGCGCUCUGUGACCACAGCAUAAGCACCACUCAGCCUUUUAGUCACCUUAGCCUAAUUUAAGCCUACCAGCUCAAGCCUGCUCCAGCUCAGUCCAGCCUGCUCCGAAUACCUGGACAGGAUACUCAAUACUGUGUGGACGUGAGGAAUAUGACAGCUGAGACUCUUAACUUCGGCCCAGAAUGGCUCCGUGCACUGUCCAGUGGGGGGAGUGUGACCUCUCCCCCUCCCUCCCCUGCCAUGCCAAAGUACAAGCUGGCCGAGUAUCGCUACGGCCGAGAGGAGAUGUUAGCACUUUAUAUCAAAGACAACAAGGUCCCAGAGGACAUGCAGGAUAAGGAGUUUGCUGCUAUUCUGCAAGAUGAGCCCAUGCAGCCCCUAGCACUGGUGCCUCUCACUGAGGAGGAGCAGAGGAACUUCUCCAUGUCUGUGAACAGCGUGGCCGUGCUCAGGCUCAUGGGGAAGGGUGUGGGAGGGGCCGCACCAGCCGGAGCGGUCCGAGGCCGAGGGGCCGCACGAGGCAGUCGAGGCCGUGGUCGAGGUGAAAGUGGGUUUUACCAAAGAAGUAUUGAAGAAUCUGAGGUGGGUUUUGGCCGCAAUGUUCGAGAGAUACAUCGCAGUCAGAGCUGGGAUGACAGGGGUGAGCGCCGCUUUGAGAAGCCGCUAAGGAGAGAGGUGGGCCGGCCGGGCUUUGAGGAGUCGGGGCCCCCCCCUGCUCCAGGGAGGAAGGAGUAUGCAAGGGCUGACAGCGAUAACUGGCGCACUCUCCGAGAGGAGCAGGAGGAGGAGGAGGUGGAGCCGGGCAAUAACUGGAGACUGGCCGGAUCACGCAGGGAUGAUGGUGGUCCUCGCUCAGCAGGCUGGCGGGAUCACACUGGCCCUGGGGAGGGUCGCAGGAGGAAGUUUGACUUUGACUUCCGUGAUUCUGAGGGCCAUGGAGGAGGAGGACGGCGGCGCGCGGGCAGCGAUGGGCCAGACGACGAGAGGGAUGGCCUGCCCGAGUGGUGCACUGAUGAAGAGGACAGUGAGAUGGGCACCUUUGACUCCUCUGGAGCCUUCAUGCCUCUGAAGAAAUCUGGAAAAGAUGCCAUCCUGGAGGAAGACCUGGAAUUUAAAGGAAUAGAAGAUGAGGAGGAGCAUGAGGAGAGUCUUGAGGACCCAGAGAAAAAUUGUGCUGAAGGAGACAAAGAGCUGGAGCGUAACAAAGCUGGUGCUGGGACAUUGAAUGGUGAGGAGAAAGAAUCUUCUCCCUCUGCUUCUCCUACUCGAUGCAGCCCUCCAUCACAGGAACCUCAGCCCAGUGCGGCGGUCCCAGUGGUGGACAACGGGCUAUCUCUGAAGUCCAACAGCGCAACCAGCCAAGAUGUAUCUAUAAUGGCUGACUCAAAAGCUCAUCUCUCUUCAAGCACGGUUGCCCCAUGUGUCCUGCCUCCCCCUCCUCCUUCCUCUGCAGCCCCUCUGCCCCUCACAGGCGGAGGAGACCCAGAGGACGACGAAGGCAUGAAGCAUCUUCAGCAGGAGGCAGAGAAGAUGGUGGCUUCACUGCAGGAUACGUCUCUAGAGGAAGAGUGCUUCACUCAGGCUCUGCAACAGGAGAGUCGCAACACGGCUGCAGCUCUACCCCUGUCUCACGAGGCUGCCAUGAAAUGGUUCUACAAAGAUCCACAGGGAGAGAUCCAAGGUCCCUUCAGCACUAUGGAGAUGUGUGAGUGGUUCCAGGCAGGCUACUUCACCAUGACCCUGCUGGUCAAACGGGGCUGUGAUGAAGGCUUCCAGCCACUGGGGGAUGUCAUCAAGAUGUGGGGGCGUGUACCAUUUGCCCCCGGGCCCUCUCCUCCACCCCUGCUGAGACCACCACCACAGCGCCCUCAACCCAGCCGGAGCUCCACGGGGACUGGUAAUCUGGACCAGGACCGGCUAAAGAAGCAGCAAGAGAUGGCUGCUGCAGCUCUUUAUCAGCAGCUCCAGCAGCAGCAGCAGCAGCAGCAGCUAUUCCAGCUCAUAAACAGGUGCAGUGAGCAGGGUAUGAUGCCUUCGAUGAACAGGUCGAUGUCAGUGCCAGACACAGGGUCCAUGUGGGACAUGCAUACCUCAGCUUCACAGCCAUCAGGUGGUGAAGCCAGUCUUUGGGACAUAACAAUGAAUCCUUCUACUCAGGGUCCAACUCUUGAACAGCUUCAAAAGCUCCAGGAAAGGAGAGAUGCUGAACUCAGGGCUAAGCGCGAGGAGGAAGAGCAGCGUAAGCGCAGGGAGGAGAAGAGGAGACAGCAGCAGGAGGAGCAGAAGAGGAGAGACGAAGAGGAGCUCUUCAGACGCAAGCAGUGUCGGCAGCAGCAGGAAUUAAUCUUGAAACUGCUGCAGCAGACCCCUCAGGCCCCAGGGCCUGGGGCCAGUGGCUCGAGCUGGGGAGGAGCGCCCUCUUCUGGCCUGUCCAAAUCGGGAAAGCCCCCUGCUCUGGCGCUGUUGGAGAUGCAGCAGAGAGCCCAGCAAAGAGACCGUCAUUCAGGCAUGUCUAUGAGCAACUCGUCCAUGGGAAACCAGUGGAUUGAGGGCAUUGGGAUGUGGGGUGGCGCGGGGGCCAUGGAGGGUAAAUCUGCCAGUGGAAGCUCUGGUGGGAGCAUGGGCAUGUGGGACGAAGCUGUUAAGAACCAGAGCCUCCGCUCCAACUCUAACAACAGCAUGGGCCUGAAGAACAGCCGCAGCAGCCCCUCGCUCAGUGAACAGUACAUGAUGCGUCGGAAGCGCACAGAUGAUGAGGAGAAGCUGCUGAAGCUGCUGCAGGGCAUGAAGCCUCAGGAUGGCUUCACCACAUGGUGUGAACAGAUGCUGCACGCUCUCAACACCUCUGCCAAUAACUCCUCCUCUCUGGACGUGGCCACUAUAGUGGCUUACCUAAAGGAGGUGGAGUCACCCUAUGCAGUGCUGGACUUUAUCCGGUCCUAUCUAGGGGACACAGUGGAAGCCAAAGAGUUUGCCAAACAGUUCCUGGAGCGACGUGCCAAACAGAAAGCCAACCAACAGAGGCAGCAGCAGCAGUUAUCAAAGGAAGUGGCCGGGUUGAACAUGAACUUCCCUCUGCAGGAGUCAAUGCGAGGUAUGAACCCUAAUACCCUGCAGUCCAUGUUCCAAGCCAACCACAUGGGCAAGGCAGGGCUCUAUGACAACCAGGGAGGGAAGAUGAAGAAGAAACAGCCCCUGAUGCUGCACUCCGACCCCAGCAUCUUAGGGUACUCAUUCCACAACGCGGGGGACUGUCUGUCUAUGAACGACAUGGAAAUGGUGGAGGAGUACUGAGGCGGAACAGCGCAGCAGCAAUAGCUACCUGAGGCCUUCUUGUCUUUUAAUCAGACAAACCUGAUGACGAAUGUGCACUGCUGGGGGAACCGGGGCGGGAGGGGCCAUGUUCAUGUGAGCAGGGCGCAUGGGUAUCCUCUGGCACUCAACUACAAGCACCUUAUUCUCAACUAAUGCACUUUAACGAGACAGGAUUUGAAAUGUGUGCGUGUGUGUGUGCAUGUGAGCGUGAAUGAGGAGGGAGGAGGGAAGGGGGGCAGAACUGGAAGGGGAGCAGACACAGCGGUGAGUGACUGUCAGAGGGACCUUUACUUUAUCAGAGAGCAAAUCCUUUCUCGAAAAGACAAACACUGUUGAUAUUUCCUGUUCAGCAUUUUUUAUGUUUAUAGAAAAGUCAAGCUAUUGAAAAAGUGGAUUAUAAAAACUUGAAGAUUUGCACUUGCCUACAAAAGAGAUGAGAAAAAUCACAGAAAAACAACAAAACCACAAAAAAGCAAACAAAAACAAAAUUACAGGUUGUUUUUUUUUUUUGUUUUUUUUUGGAGAAGUGAAUAUUUUUGUGAAUGUGAUGCGUGACAGAGAUGUGUGUUGUAAUAUAACAGUCUGCACAAUGUUUUUUUUUCUUUUUGUUGCUUACCAAGAUGUAUGAAACAUAAGAGGCCAUUUAUGUCUAUUUUUGUUCAAAUAGUAAUUUUGUAUUCUCAUGAGAAGUGUGUGUGUCCUGUCCAAACUGCGUUUGGAUGUUUUAGGAGAGCAGCUGAGAGGAAGAGGCCAAUUGCACAACUCUCCUUUCUCUCAUCAGCUUCAUCCCGAGAGCGACUCUGUAAAUGUUAGCUUUGCUUAUGUGACCACCACUAGGUUCUCUCCUUAGCUUCUCCUCGUGGAACUGUCUGUGGACAGGCCAAUCAUGAGGGACGUGACGUGUGCGUGUGUGUACAAAUGACUUAAGACUACAGGUACUUGUAAAUCCAUGUGCUUUUUGUAUGACUGCACAUUUGUGCCUAAGAACUCUGAUAGGGUGCGUGGCCAUUGAGACAUUAACUUUGGAACGAGUGUAUAUGUCUGUGUGUGUGCGUGUGUGUGCGCGUGUGCACAGCACAGUGCGAGGUUGUGGAUUGGUCCAUCUGAAGGUCUGAUGUGACCAUGUUGCCUUUGUCAGUUCUCGAACUUGUGAAUGAUAAGUGUCGAGUUUCUGACCUUGAAAAAAACGCAUCUUAAUGUGCAAAUGCACAGGAUGGUGCAUGAAAUGUUAGCAUAUUGUGUUACGUAUUCGUUGUUGCAAUUUGAUAAUGACGAGUUUUCAUUUUUAAUGAAAAAUAUAUAUGAAUAUAUACAUUAUAUACAAAGUUUAAAAGUAUUUGGACUAAGAUAAUGAGCACUUGGGCUGCUAUUUUUUGUUCUAUUUUUUUUUUCAUUAUCACCAUGUGAAGUGUGUGUAUUGUUUCUUAAGAAAAUAUUGAAUGUAUUCCAAAAAAUAACAAACUUAUGCUGAUACAGACUUUCCCACAGAAGAUUUCAAAAAUGGAAACAAAGUUGUUUUUUUACACGGUGAAGUAAAUGUGUGGAAACGGUUGAACACACUGCCUCUGUCAGACUGAGCUCUGCUUGUUUACACACCGCAUGGACAUGUGGCUGCAGUUUAGUUUCUUCACCUUCGCUUUGACUUUUUGUUCCCACGUAUAAGAUGAGUGGGCUUGCAAGUGCGCUUCUGCCAUUUUUGAUUAGUUUAGUUGUUUUGGCAUCCCGACCUGGAUAGGAUGCUGUAACUGGACAGUCCAGUGUGGAGCGAGAGCAUGGACAGAGCCUGGGCGGACUGGCAGGGUGCUGAUCUUCACCUCAUCAAAAGCACUCGGCCUGCCCUCAUCAACUCACCUAUGCACUUUGGUUCAUUCAAGCUGUGAGGUACCAUUUUAGGGAUGGCGACACAUCUGCAACAAGAGGACUGUGUUUUUUUUUUUGUUUUUUUUU